CUUCGCCAUUCAAAGCCAAUGUUUCAUGUCCACAGUCACGACAUUUGCAAGCACAAGCAUUCCCUAGCUCAAGAUGGCCUUGAACAGGUCGCGAACGUGCCCUGUCACAAUCCUCCGCCCCUCAGAUGCCUUACUAUCAAUAAUGGACAAUCUCAUUCUUUUAACACAAGAAAUAGUCGCGAAUUCACAAUCUACACACCCCGCGCAGAGGUUCGACCUCACUUCAGCUUUUGACCCAGUGGUUGAGGAGGCACUGAAGCUGUACCAAAAGACCUACCAGAACCACCUAGAAUAUCAACUCACCUAGCAGUGCUCCAAAAAAGUUCGUACAUUGGAAGAAUUCACGACGCCUUGGUGGUGCCCCUCGAGAAUAAGGACAGGACAGUCAUUGUUCGGGAUGAAAGCGGGAGCAACCAGGAAGUUGAUUGGGUAUGGACAAACAUCCUCUUUGUUGAACGCCUUACAUAUAUAGACGUCGCGGAAGGUCAAAGGGUGGGAGCAGUCAUAGUGCAUUUUCCAAGACAGAGACAGCAAUAGGAGGAAUUGAUUCUGAAAAUCUAUUUGGGUUAGUUCUCUGCUAUAUGUGCAGAUUUACCUUUUACUGUCUCAGAUCUUAGCUUAGCUGGGGAGUACUCUAAUUUUGAGUGAAUCAUCCAUAGUCUCUAAAUGCCUGUGGGGGUUUGUCUGAGAGUCCAAAUGUUCUGCAUGAGGAUAUGAUACUGUGUGUAAAUUGGAGUUUGCUAUAGAGCUCAUUUCUUCCAU